AUGAUCACCCUGACAGACGUCACGAUCCCGACAGAGGGCAUCCGACUCCAACAGGCCCAAGUCGUCGCCUUUUUUGAAGAACAGCGCGGUGGCGAUGGAACCCUUACCAUUGCGGAGAGCUCGAUCAUCUGGACGGAACGGCAAUCCGGCAAAGGCUUCAUCCUUCCAUAUCCAUCUAUCAUUUUACACGCCGUCUCCACUGAUCGCUCAUCGUUCCCCGAAGAUUGCCUCUUUGUGCUUGUAGAUAUUCAGAAGACAGCUCUUGAUGUCGAUCAAGUGAUGGAGGAAGAAGACGAUGAAGAUGAGGCGCGCAACAUUUCAAUCCGCUUUGUUCCGGCUGACACUAGUAUUUUGCAGCAGAUGUAUCGAGAAAUGUGUGAAUGCCAAGAGCUCCAUCCAGAAGCCGAUGACGAUGAUUCCGAUGAUCAGAUGGACGAUUAUGAGCCGGUUGGGGAUGGAGAGUUGAAUUCUGGAAGAUGGUUCACUUCCGACAACAUCGAGGAGGCCGAGCUGAACGAAGACGGCCUCCGUAAUCUUGAAAGGAUGAGUCGCGCCGAACGUAGCACUCAAAGUGCUCUAGAUGCCGCAAGGACACUGCUUCGCAAUGGCGAGAAGGUUGACCUGAAGCUGAAUGGUGGUACACCUCUUCACAUAGCCGCCAGCAACGACAACUUGGAAAUGGUCCAGUUAUUACUCCAUUUUGGUGCCGACCCAUUGGCUUUGAACCGGAAAAAGCAGACAGUCCUGGAUGUGUCAACAGGAAACAGCAAAGUAUUCCUUACGAAAUUGUUGACGUUGCCAGCGAAGAAGCAGAAGGGAUUUCUCUAUCGGAUUUUCAUAUGCCAUGGGAGAUCGUUGGUGAAUGGGCUGUUGAAGCAGACACGAAAAAAGUUCCGACGUUUGACGGUUGCGACAUCUAACGCACGUCCCCCUUCACAUUCCGAUCCCGUACAGUUGCCGGUUGAUAGACAUGAUCCUCACCCGCCCGAAAUGUUUGUCGAAAAGGAUCCAUUGCCUUUGGAAACGGCUGUGAUACCAGGGACACCAUUCCGCUCUCGCACACCGCCUACCCCAAAAUCCGAUUUUGUGACGACAAACCGGGGCGGUAGACCCAGAGCUCGUGCCCAGGCACAGCCAAACUCUGUUACUCCGAGACGUGUCCGAUCAAAGAGUAUUGACGAGAAAAUGCUACAAAUCAAUAGCCAAAAUUUCGCUAAAAAGAAGACCAGGGCUCCUCCCAGUAACAAAAAGCGCAGUACUACUCCACCUAUGUUCACCCCAAGGAACUACAAGCGAAAACCAGGAAACGCAUAUACUGCGCCGAAAAAUAUUCCCGUACAGCGAAACAAGUCUCCGGUAUCGUUUAAGAAAUUGCCGCCACCAAGGCCUCGUCCUUCCGCGCCGCCUCUCGAAUGGUCCCCCAACCGGAAUAAGAAAAUUUCAUCAGAUUAUUUCACUGCGGAUGAGAGUGUCAUUGAAGAGAUUGAGGAAAAAUUACGAAAACUGAACGUCCAAGAUUCCGAGAUCAAGGCGGUGCAAAAGAUGACGAAUGGACAGUUGCGUGGACAACUACUCCAAGCCGGAAUUGCCCCCGGACCUAUUACGCCUGAAUCGAGAAAAGGGUGGGAGAAGAAGCUGCUUGUUUCGGGCACGCAUAAAGUGAAGGAAUCAAAGACAAACUAUAGUCGGCCGCUGGAGCAAGCAAUGGGCGGCAAGGCGCCGGCAGACGGUGACGAUUUGGAUCGUAUCCUGUUGCGCGAGUUGGACGAAGGCGCUCGUCAAUUCAACUAUAUCCUACUCGAUCCCCGAAAUUUGGCUGAUGGCGAGUUCAAGCACUUCAUCGCGGCGAUAUUCUACAUUGGAAAAGGGACCGGGGAACGCCCACUUGCCCACCUUAUUGAUGCAAAGAUAGCGCGGGAAGCCAAAGGGAAGAAACAACAGGUGCUAAGCGCCAAGAUCCAACGCAUCAAUGAAAUCUGGGAUCACGGCGUCGGAGUGAUCCAGCUGGAGUUAGGAAAGGGCGUCGGAGACAAAUUGUCGUUUACGCGUGAAGGUUGUCUGAUGACCGCCAUCGGAGAGACCAACUUGACGAACAUAAAGGCCGGCGCUUACUAUGGUGCAGCUCGUAAUUGGGACGGACAGCGCCGUGCCAUCUACGGUACCCAUCUGCUACUCCGAGCCCACAAAGUCUUCAAUGCCGAUCGUCCUCAACAAAUCAUGCCGCGCAACGUGCCCGACCAGCUGUUUAGGCCAAAAAAGCAA